UCCCCUGUCGCCUCCAUCACUCGCCUCACCACACAAAAAUUAAAGCGACCGCAGCGCUCGCUCACCUCAGCUCCUCUCAGCUGCUGGCCCUGGCCUCCCUCCCCCUCCCCUCCCCUCCCCGUCUCCCUCCUCACGCGCGGACACGCCAAAAUUCUAGGGAACCCCCACUACGCCGCACCCUAGCUACCCCGCUCGCUCACCCUCCCUCCUAGAUCGAUACAGCUCGCCGCACGCACCUCCUGCUGGGCCGCAGGCCGCGCGCGCGCGAGCGAUAGCGCUCACAAUUCGCGCGCGCCACCCCCAUGCGGCGGAUGACCACGCCGGCUCGUCGGCGGCGGAGAGCGGCCCACCACCGCCAGUAGCAGCCGGGCACGGGCGAUCCGGCGCGCGAUCCGCCGCUAGCCGCUGCCCGCGCGGGCCUAUGGAUCUGGCCGCAUGGCGGGCUUCCCUCUAGGCGGCGGCGGAGGAGGAGGAGGACACCACCACGACGGCCGCGGCGACCACCACCACCCCCACGUCAACCCUUCCUCCUCCGGCUCCGAUUCUGCGACUGCCGCGGCAGCCGCCGCGGCCGCCUACCUCUACACGACGGCCGCUGCGGCGCCCCGGGGCGGCGGGUUCCAGCUAUGGCCGCACCACCCGGCGCAGGAGCACCACCACUUCUACGCGCCCAACAUCAUCCGAUUCGCCGAUGACCCCGCCGCCGGCUCCUCGCGUGGCGGGAGGGGCUCCGCCUCCGGCGCCGGCGCGGGGACCAUCAGCUGCCAGGACUGCGGCAACCAGGCCAAAAAGGACUGCGCCCACAUGCGCUGCCGCACCUGCUGCAAGAGCCGGGGCUUCGACUGCCCCACCCACGUCAAGUCCACCUGGGUGCCCGCCGCCAAGCGCCGCGAACGCCAGCAGCAGCUCACCACAAGCGGCGGCGGCGCCGAGCCGUCCAAGCGACCGCGCGACACCCAGCCUUCUUCCACCACCGCCACCACCACUUCCUCCGGAGAGCAGCAGCAGCAGAUGGCGAUGGUGGGAGAGAGGUUCCCGCGGGAGGUGAGCUCGGAGGCGGUGUUCCGCUGCGUGCGGCUGGGCCCGGUCGACGAGGCCGACGCCGAGGUGGCGUACCAGACAAGCGUCAGCAUCGCCGGACACGUCUUCAAGGGCAUCCUGCACGACGUCGGCCCGGACCCGUCGGUCGCGGCGGGCGGCGGCGGAUACCGACACGCCGCCGAGGGGUCCUCCCCGAGCACGGCCGCGGCGGGCGAAGGCAGCGUCGCGGGGCCCGUCUCGUCAUCGGCUGUGGUCAUGGACCCGUACCCGACGCCCGGCCCCUACGGCGGCGCGCCGUUCUUCCACGGCCAUCCGAGGUGAUCAAACGGCCACCUCGCUCCAUUGACGGCACUCAGCUUGCUUCAUCAUUCCUCGCCUUCCAAUCCAUGUCUUGAUAUUUUUCUUAUUUACUUACUAGAAGUACCAUCAUCAUCUCUAAAUUGUCUGUAGAUUUUCCUCUCCUUCAUCUCUUCUCUCUCGUUCUCAAUGAUGCAUAAACUGAUGAGCAGCGCUGGUGUUCAUCGCCGUUUCUUUAGGAUCAUACUACUACUGUAGUAGCUAGGCCAUCAGGUUACUGGAAGUAUAAUGCUUUGGACUAGCUAGGGAGCAGUGUUCAUGAUUAAAAAUUUAAAAUCUCACAUGAUCGACAGUUAGGUAAUCUGGUGCCUUGGGAGAAUGGCAAUCUUGAUUCA